CACAUGCGUACAUGCGUACAUGCAGGCAGAAGAAAAGCAAAUCCUGCUUUGGAAAAAUACCGUGACAAAGGCUCUCAAAUAAUCUAAUAUAUCCCCCCCCCCCCUAAAAGAAAUCGGGAUGAACUGAUGUUACUAAGACAAUGGCAACUCCAGCAGUUCGCGUGCUUCGGAGGUUAGAGGGUCUGUUUUCUGUGUACAAACCCUCCGGUGUUCACUGGAAACUCGUACGGGACAACAUCGAGACAAAUCUUUUGAAAGGUUUAAAUGCUGCACCUUCCCUGCCUUGUCCUCAACAGGUCCGCUUCUUGUCUCACCCUGACGGUGAUACUGAAGCACCCAAGGCACUCACAUUGUCUGUAGUCUCUGUGCCUGCCCUGUCCAAACACCCCCUGGUAACUGGACCUGAAUUCCAACAUAUACGAGUUGGAGUAGGACAUCGUCUGGAUGCCUUUUCCUCUGGUGUGCUAGUUCUGGCAGUUGGGAAUGGAAACAAGGUCCUGAAUGAUCUCUACAAAACACAAGUCACAAGGGAUUACACUUUGGAGGGUGAGUUUGGGACUGCUACAGAUGAUUUCUCUCACACGGGUCGUGUUGUGGAAAGGUCCACCUAUGAUCACAUCACACAGGAUAAGCUGGACAGAGUACUAGCAAUGCUGCAGGGAGUCAAUCAAAAGGCCUUGUUAAUGUAUUCCAAUGUAGACAUGCGCUCACAGGAAGCCUAUGAGAUGGCUGCGCAAGGUUUACUGGGUCCGGAGGGGAAAUCACAGCCUAUUUUGACAGGCCUGCGUUGCAUUCGCUUCCAGCCCCCCAACUUCACCUUAGAGGUGCAGUGCCUGAAUGAAACUCAGAAAUAUCUGCGCAAAGUUGUACAUGAGAUAGGACUUGAGCUGCGCAGCACAGCAGUGUGUAAAGCAGUUAGACGGACCAGAGAUGGACCAUUUACACUGCAGGAUGCCCUCACACAUCACCACUGGACUGCUUCUCAUGUCAGGCAAGCCAUCCAACAAUACCACUUCACCAAGAAGAAAAAAAAGUACUCCCAGUCACAGAUGAAGAAACCAGGAUCACAGCUACUGGAAGCUGAUACGACAGCCAGUCAAGAAAAUGAAACCAAUGAGGAGGCAGUGGCAGCAGGUAGAGCAAAAUAAGUUCUUGUUGUAACCAGCUGUUGAAGCAAGCCACUUUGGUAGAUGUUCACAAAAAAACAUCUGUACUGCUCUACUGUACUGCUCUACAGUGACUCUGUGAGCCUGGACAUUGUGGCACUUUGAGUCUAACUCAGAUGGAAAAAAGAUUUCAAAGACCAGAGGACACAAUUGGACACAAUUCAUUACAUUAUACAUUUGUUUAUUAUGCAAACUUCUCUAAAACUUUGGAGACAUUUGUUGUUUAUUAUAUAAAUAUUUCAAUGUCUUCAACAUUGUUGUGUGUUGUGCAGGUGAUUUUUUAGGUAUUAUGUAAGUGAUUUAUGUUUUUUUUAUAAAUAAACUGAAAAAGAAUUAGAAAUUCUUAACAUUUCUUUUGUUUGUGCUCCCAUGUGAUAGUCUGAGCUGGUUACAGUUUGUACAGACAGGACGUGGAACAGUACAUUUGUACAAAGUGGUUGGCGCCAUGUGUGACAAGUGAAGAUAAAUCAACACUCUUAAAGGUCUGUAGAUUAGAUGCUACACCUGCUUCAUCGGCGCAAGCACUCCCCCAAGUGGCUAAAGGUCAAAGUUACUGUUACUUUAGUGGCUUGUUUGAUAUUGUUGAUACCAGUCAUCAGGGGCGGGCUGGCCAUCGGGAGGUUUCCCGAACGGCCGGUCUGUUCCCGGCCGGUGGUCGGAACGUUUUUUUACCAUAUAAAAUGCAGCAUCAGUGCACCGCAGCAGCGUGUCCUCGCAGCCGCAGGUGGCACAGAGUGGAAUGCAACCAAAUGGGGAGUUGUAGGUUUCAGCAGUGAGGAUCACUUCUGCGUUCGUGUUUCUCGGCUGCUGCUAGGGGCUGGCUCCAGAAGUGAGCAAUUCUCCAUUGACCCCCAUGUUAAAAUAACCAACUUUACAGCCUAAAAAAAACAUAUUUACAGCCUGGUACAUUUUUUUUGUUUUUGGUCUCUAUUGAUCAGGGGCGAGCUGGGGUUGAAAUUCAGCCUGGGAGCUUGGUUUGGAGAGGCACGAUGGAUGCAAGUGUAACCGUGUUUUUAACAUGAGUAGCCUACUUAAUUUGCAAUAUAAAAACAAUCUAAUGAUAUACAUGAUAUACAUUCGGUAGAGUGUACUAAAGUAAGCUACAUAUGCUCACACAUGCUAUGCAUACUCAAACACUAUGUUUAUUUAAAAAUGAAAACUACUGUGUGUGUGUACAGUGUUGGGAAGGAUACUUUCAAAAUGUAUUCCGUUACAGAAUACAUGCCCAAAAAAAGUAAUUUGUAACGCAUUCCAUUACAUUACUCAAACUGAGUAAUGUAUUCUGAAUACUUGGAUUACUUCCACAUGGAAUUGCAUUUUAUAAGUGUAGGAAUGCGGCCAUCAAAUCCUGCUUAUUAAACAGCCCUGUUCUGUGUGUUCUUCUGCUCUAACUGUCUGAAUGUGUUAGGUCCAAGACACCCUGAAAGUGCAAUAUAUUAUAAUUUUCUGAACAAAGACUAAGGGUAUGUUAACACAAAAGAUGUUUUGCUUGAUUAAAAAAGAGAGAAAUUGACCAAUUUUCCCUUUGUUUCUUUAUUUACUCAGCAGAGAAAAGCAGAGGUUGGACUGCACAGUUAUAUUUCAUUCUCCCUCCUUCUUCAAUGUGAAAUGCUGUUUGAAUUUCCAAGACAGAAACGCAUUCCUGUCCCGGCUCUGUUUUGCCGGCUGCUCUCGGUCCUGGUACUCCUCGUCUGACCGACUGAUCAGGCAAAUAGCUCGUUUAUUUACGUUUGUUUUUGUGGAGUCGGGGCUUCUGGGAAAUG